AUGACAACAAAAGAGAUAUUAGAUAAACAGAAAAUAUAUAAUCAAGAUGAACUUAAUAAUAUGAAGAGAGAUGACUUGGUAGAGAUAAUGAAAGAAUACUCAUUAAAACAUAAUGGUUUAAAGAAAGAUAUGCUAAUUGAUGCGAUCAUUAAACGACAAGAACAUCGAGAUGAUUUGAAAUCAAAGUUGGUUACAGACAACUCAAUCGAAAAGUAUCAUCGUGGAACUGUUGAAUAUCGAUUGCCAACAUUGAUCAUCUAUCGAAUCAUUCGUGAUCUCUGGCAUGAUGAUAUCGAUGUGAUUUUGAAUACAAAUCAACUUUGUUCAAACUACCGAUGGCUGCUCUCUAUUGGUUUGGUUUCGAAAGAGUUAUACAAACUUAUAUCAUCGAUGUUCACUCGAUUCAAUCUUUUCUCAACCAAAAUAUACAAACAACGAGUUCCCCUUCUCUCACCUCAUAAAACAUUAGCACAACAACUGAAGAACAGUGUUAUCAAUCCACUCUCAGUACUCAAGAAUAUCAAUCAUCUAACACUGUCAAUGGAUAUCUUCAGACAACUAACAGACAAGACGACAACAACAUGCACACCCAUUGAAUUAGGACUGAUCUUCAACAGUGUUACAAAGCUAAAGCUAACACAUGCUAGAGAUAUGCCGUUCCAAAUGCAUCAUUGUAAAUCGAUUAUACAAUACAUGCCGAAUCUCGACUCACUGACAUUCUUUAAGAUUAGGUUAGAAGCCAUUAGAAUAUAUCAAAAGCUGCAACAAAUACCACGAUUGACAUCACUGGAUAUCUCCACGGUACAACUGAACAAAAUGCCAACUGAAUCACGUAUUUUCAGUAGUUCAAUUCGCAAGUUGAAACUGCCGAUGUUACUCACCAGAAACCCUAAUAUCCUCGGUGAGAACACCCAACUAACCACUCUCAGUGUCAAUUCAGUAGGACCAGAGGAAAUCGAUUUCAUUAGAAGUCAACUUGGUAGUAUCACCAAGCUCAUCGUUACUGUUAUGCUCGCCUGCAUGCCAGGUUCGUAA